UGGAAGGACAGCCUGUGCCUGGAGGUAGAGGCCGAAGGUUCAGCACUGCUUCUGUAAAGAGUUGCUCAGAAGAAGGUGACAGCAUCAGGAACAUGCUGCUUUCUACAGCCUGGAGGCAGAGGCCUGUGCAGAAUCAGCCUCUCUGAGAAGGAGCGUCAGCACUGCAAAGCAUGUUUGGGAAGAGCUCCCUACCUGUGGUUGUGCUCCCACUGACUUAAUAGUAAAACUUUUCCUGGAGGCACUGGGUCAAAAGUUCCCAGAACAUUCCAGAAGCGUCUGGGAGAGCUGAGGUGCUGAGGACAAGCAAGCCCACAGGAGAUGCCAUCCUGUGACAAGAACAGCUGAGGUACUUCUGGAUCUUUAGGAUUAUUUGAACAAGCAGUUUUUGGAGAUCUGUCUAAGACUACUUCAACUUAUCCAGUACAGCAAAAGGCAGGGAGGAGAAAGUAGAACAAGGAUUUCUGAUUUGAGCACUUAAUCAUCAUGUCUGAUCCUGUUAUUCUGCGUAGCAUCAAGAAAUUGGGAGAAGAUAACUAUGCUUUUGACUUGGAUGGUAAAUGUAACAGCUUCAAGAAAUCAGAAAAUUUCUAUGCAUAUGAAGAACCUUCUGUUAAGAAGAAAAAUGAAAAGUCAUCCAAAAAGAAAGAAAAAGUUGUUCGCGUUGGCUUCUUUCAGCUGUUUCGAUUUUCUUCACCUAUGGAAAUUUUAAUGAUGGUUGUUGGUAGCUUCUGUGCUAUUCUUCAUGGAGCAGCCCAGCCAGGCAUGUUGCUUGUGUUUGGUGCGAUGGCAGACACAUUCAUUGAAUAUGACAUUGAAAUGCAAGAGCUUAAAGAUCCAAAUAAAACAUGCGUAAAUAACACCAUAGUGUGGAUUAAUGGUACUGUUCAUCAGAAUGAAAGGAACACCACAAUAAGAUGUGGACUGCUUGACAUUGAAAAAGAAAUGACCACUUUUGCAGGUUACUAUGGAGGAAUUGGUUGUGCCGUACUUCUGUUGGGAUACUUCCAAAUCUGCUUUUGGGUUAUGGCUGCAGCUCGUCAGAUACAGAAAAUCAGGAAAGCUUAUUUCAGGAACAUUAUGAGAAUGGAUAUAGGCUGGUUUGACUGCACGUCUGUAGGAGAACUGAACACAAGAAUUUCUGAUGAUGUUAACAAAAUUAAUGAGGCUAUUGCUGAUCAAGUAGCAAUCUUCAUCCAGCGCUUAACCACCUUUGUGUGUGGAUUCCUACUGGGAUUUGUCAGUGGAUGGAAAUUGACCCUGGUUAUCAUUGCAGUCAGUCCCCUCAUUGGGGUUGGAGCAGCUGUCUAUGGCUUGGCUGUGGCAAAGCUCACAGGCAGAGAACUAAAGGCUUAUGCAAAAGCUGGGGCUGUGGCUGAUGAAGUGCUCUCAUCCAUCAGAACAGUAGCUGCUUUUGGUGGCGAGAAGAAAGAAGUUGAGAGAUAUGAUAAGAAUUUAGUGUAUGCUCAACAUUGGGGAAUUAGAAAAGGAAUAAUAAUGGGAUUAUUCAGUGGUUACAUGUGGUUUGUAAUCUUCCUGUGUUAUGCGUUAGCCUUUUGGUAUGGCUCUAAACUUGUCCUUGAAGAUGAUGAGUAUUCACCCGGCACUCUUCUACAGGUUUUCUUUGGUGUUUUAGUAGGAGCUUUAAAUCUCGGUCAAGCAUCUCCCUGCCUGGAAGCCUUUGCCACUGGACGUGGGGCUGCAGCAAACAUUUUUGAGACAAUAGAUAGAAAACCCACCAUUGACUGCAUGUCGGAAGAAGGCUACAAGCUGGAUAAAGUAAGAGGUGAAAUUGAAUUUCAUAAUGUAACAUUCCAUUUUCCCUCCAGACCUGACGUAAAGAUUUUGGAUAACCUUAGCAUGGUUAUUAAAACAGGGGAGACAACAGCUUUUGUUGGAGCUAGUGGAGCUGGAAAGAGUACAAUAAUACAGCUCAUCCAGCGUUUCUAUGACCCUACUGAUGGCAUGAUUACUCUGGAUGGCCAUGACAUUCGUUCCCUUAAUAUCCAGUGGCUGCGCUCACAGAUUGGUGUUGUUGAGCAAGAGCCAGUGCUGUUUGCUACCACGAUUGCAGAGAAUAUUCGAUAUGGUCGGGAUGAUGCUACCAUGGAAGACAUAAUCAGAGCAGCCAAACAGGCCAAUGCUUACAAGUUCAUCAUGGACUUGCCACAGCAAUUUGAUACUCAUGUUGGAGAGGGUGGAAGUCAGAUGAGCGGAGGUCAAAAGCAGAGGAUAGCUAUUGCUCGAGCCCUUGUGAGAAACCCUAAAAUCCUGCUACUGGAUAUGGCUACUUCAGCACUUGAUAAUGAAAGUGAAGCAAUUGUCCAGGAAGCACUUCAAAAGGCUCACCUUGGCCGCACAGCAAUCUCAAUAGCUCACCGCUUGUCUGCUGUCAAAGCUGCUGAUGUCAUCAUUGGGUUUGAGCAUGGAAGGGCUGUGGAGAGAGGAACUCAUGAAGAGCUCUUGAAGAGAAAAGGGGUUUAUUUCAUGUUGGUGACCUUGCAAAGCAAAGGAGAGGCAGCACUUAAUAGUGCAGCAACAGAAUCAGCAGAAAAUAAAGUGGUUGAGCCAAAUCUUGAGAAAGUCCAGUCAUUCAGAAGAGGAAGCUAUCGUGCCAGUUUGCGAGCUUCACUUCGGCAACGGUCUAGAUCUCAGCUCUCUAAUGUGGUUCCUGACCCUCCAUUAUCCAUUGUAGGAGAUCAGGCAGAGUCUGUGUAUCUUAAGUCUUAUGAGGAAGAUGAUGAACAAGCGAAAAAGGAAUCUGUUGAGGAGGAGGAAGAUGUCAAACCUGUCCCAUUUGCCAGGAUUUUGAAGUAUAAUGCUUCUGAAUGGCCAUACAUGGUGAUAGGAUCUCUGGGAGCAGCUGUGAAUGGAGCGCUCAGUCCACUCUAUGCUUUGUUAUUCAGUCAGAUUCUUGGGACCUUCUCCAUUCUUGAUGAAGAAGAACAAAAAAUCCAGAUCAAUGGUGUCUGCCUGCUGUUUGUCUUGGUUGGAAUUGUUUCAUUUUUUACACAGUUUUUACAGGGAUACAACUUUGCCAAGUCUGGUGAGCUGCUUACGAGACGGUUAAGGAAAAUUGGUUUCCAGGCUAUGCUAGGGCAAGACAUCGGCUGGUUUGAUGACCGGAGGAACAGCCCCGGGGCACUGACUACGAGGCUUGCAACAGAUGCAUCACAGGUCCAAGGGGCAACUGGAUCGCAGAUAGGAAUGAUUGUCAACUCCUUCACCAACAUUGGGGUGGCCAUCAUUAUCGCUUUCUACUUCAGCUGGAAACUGAGUUUAGUCAUAAUGUGUUUCCUGCCGUUUUUGGCCCUGUCUGGAGCUGUGCAAGCUAAAAUGUUGACAGGAUUUGCUGCUCAAGACAAGAAAGCUCUGGAAGCUACUGGACAGAUUUCCAGUGAAGCCCUCUCUAACAUCAGAACAGUGGCUGGGAUAGGGAAAGAAAAAAAGUUUAUUGAUGCUUUUGAGAAGAACCUGGAUAUGCCGUACAGAGCUGCAAUCAAAAAAGCAAACGUUUAUGGAAUCUGCUUUGGCUUCGCCCAGAGUAUAGUGUUCAUAGCAAACUCUGUCUCUUAUAGAUACGGAGGGUUUCUGGUUCAGACUGAAGGACUCCAUUACAGCUUUGUGUUCAGAGUGAUCUCUGCAAUCGUGACCAGUGGGACUGCUUUGGGAAGAGCUUCUUCUUACACCCCAAACUAUGCCAAAGCCAAAACAUCUGCUGCACGUUUGUUUCAACUCAUCGAUCGGCUUCCUAAAAUCAGUGUUUACAGCAAAAAAGGAGAAAAAUGGGAUGAUUUUAAGGGGAGCAUUGAAUUUCUUAACUGUAAAUUCACAUACCCCUCACGGCCUGAUAUUCAGGUCCUGAAAGGACUGUCUGUAGCUGUUAAGCCUGGACAGACAUUGGCAUUUGUUGGCAGCAGCGGCUGUGGUAAGAGCACCAGUGUCCAGCUUCUGGAGCGUUUCUAUGAUCCUGAGAAAGGAAGUGUGUUAAUAGAUGGACAUGAUACCAAGAAAGUAAAUGUACAGUUUCUCAGAUCGAAAAUUGGAGUAGUGUCUCAGGAACCCGUGCUAUUCGACUGCAGCAUUGCUGACAACAUUAAGUAUGGCAGUAACACCAAGGACACGACAACAGAAAAAGUCAUAGAAGCAGCCAAGAAGGCUCAGCUGCAUGAUUUUGUCAUGUCACUUCCUGAAAAAUAUGAAACUAAUGUUGGUGCUCAAGGAUCUCAGCUGUCUCGUGGGCAAAAACAACGGAUUGCUAUAGCGAGGGCCAUCAUACGAGAUCCUAAAAUUUUAUUAUUGGAUGAAGCUACAUCUGCCUUAGACACAGAAAGUGAAAAGACUGUGCAAGCAGCCCUGGAUAAGGCCAGAGAAGGGCGCACCUGCAUCGUCAUUGCCCACCGCCUGUCCACAAUCGAGAAUGCCGACAUCAUUGCUGUGAUGUCACAAGGAAUCAUCAUUGAAAGGGGCAAUCAUGAUGAACUAAUGGCAAUGAAAGGAGCAUACUAUAAGCUUGUUACCACUGGAGCCCCAAUUAGCUGAAUUACUGUGAUACUACAUUUCAAAGACUGUUUAUCUGAACAAGUACUUUGCAGUAGGUAUGUGUAUGUUGGUACCCCUCUGUGCUAGAAAGUGCUCUACAGUACGGUGAGUUAUGCAGUACCUUAAAUCUAUGUAGCUUUCUGUUUAAGCAGUUGAUCAGGCACAUGGAGGGGACUAAGCAUAGGCUAAUGCAUUCGGGAAAUAGUUUUCAGCCAGCUGCAAAGGGAGAGAAAGCCUGAAAAUAGGAAGAUGUUCACUGGUGAGCUGGGAAAUUGCCACCACCUGCAGUCAGACUGCACAGUCCCAUCCGUCCCUUAAUUAACAGUCAAGGAAGACUCCAUUCUGAUGUUCUGGAAACAGCCACUUCUUGAGGUAAGCUGUAUGAAUUAAAAAAACAAUCCCAAGCACAAAUGUAUUACUGAAGGGUUCAAAUUCCUCCUGAUGUUCUGCUCUACAGAGGAUUAUAAUAGAUACCCUCCUCCUGGGUACAAAGCUUUGACCCAUUGCACCACUUCAUUCCAUGCCUACUUCAGCUGUGAUGCUGGAAGAGGCCAGGUUGCCCCUGGGUACAGAGCGAAUACAUGGAGUCCUCAGCUUGACACAGCAGUACCCUUCCAGUAAAACCAGUAAGUAGAUGUUCACAAAGAAGGCAGCUUCACAACAGUAAGGAAAUAAAUAACUCAGAUGAGGAAUAUAACCUGGUAAGUCCCAGUUCUCCGACACGCUGCUCUGAUCGAAGCUGCCAAGUAGAUUUUGAAUAUCAACAAAUGCUUUAGAUAAAUCAGUGUAAAAUCCUACAGUUAAUUGAUUGGCACAGUUAUUUAAAUCGCUUCUAUUGAGACAAUGAUAGAUAACGUGUGUUUUUUUUUUCAGAAGGCACAGCAAUGCCUUUGGAAAUUAUUUUUUACAGAAACGGUAAAGGUGAAAAAAAAUAAGAAAUUUUAGCCAAUUAACUAGCUGUUUGUAUUAAGCAGAUCUAAGAAAUAGAACAACAGAGAUCAGGAAGUAUCUUCCUCUGCCAGAGACUCUGUAAAAGUUUUUUUUAUAAGUACUACUGCAUGUUUUCCUGGAAUAUGUUACUGAGUAGUGAUUGGGAAUACUGAGACAAAUUACUGUAUUAAAAUUUAAAUCUUCAUUUGGAAAGAUAGAGUAUUAACUGGAAAAGUAAUUCUCAACAUCCUGAUAUCUGCAGCUCAUGUGUGUGCAGAUUUCCCCCACUUUGUAACAAGUCACCCCAUAAAACUAUAUAUUAUAAAACUAUGUAAUAGUACAACUGCUAAAACUUAAAUAAAGGUGGAAGGUUGAAAACUUCA